AUGCUCACUUAUUUUGGCUUGCAUGGGAUUGCCGGGAGUCGUGAGGACAAAAGUUCCCUGGCAUGUGAGAAGAUUGGGCGUGUCUUUGGUCGGGAUUGCGGUGCCUUGGCGUUGUCGAGGGAGGAGGACGGUUAUGCAGGAAGGGGCAAAAGAACGUCGACGGUUAGCGGAAAAAGUGUCUUCAGUGGCAAAGUUUCGUCUCGAUGCUUAUUGGGGGAAUUCUUGAAAGCAUCCACCUACACUAUGGCGUUAAACCGAUUUCUACUGCUUGCGGCCUUACUUGCCCUGCAGUCUGGUUCGCAAUUGGUGUUGCAGCGGUAUGAGGGACUUGUAAGGAAUCACAUAGUAGUGGUUCUUUUCAUGAGCAUGAUUGUAGGGGCUGGGGGGAACGCAGGCAACCAGGCAGCGGUUUCGGCUAUCACCGCUAUUCUUGCGUCCCGUGAGUGCAUUAAUAGUAAAGGUCAGUUUCCACAAGGAAACACAGAGGACAUUUCAGGAGAAAGUUUGGCACCGGAGAGACCUCGUUCCCCCUUGCUACUCAAACCAUUUUAUGCCCCUUCUUUCUUGCAUUUGUUGAAAUGGGAUUCGCUUUUGAUUUGCUUUCCAUGUUUGGAACGUCUACAGAAAGUGUUGCUAUGGGGUCGUCGGAAAAGUUUGAAUACAGAUAUUAGUAGCGCUGGUCGGCAAGUUCAUCGACCUGCGGUAUUAUCUCUCUGUGUCGUUUUGCGCUACGAGUUAAUUGUAGCCUUUUGUUGUGGCUUUUUUCUUAUGUGCAUUGGAGCACUGAGGGUGAUCUUUUUCCUCUGGUUCGAUGAUGAUAAUGACUACAGUGAGACAUAUUCCAUUCGGUCGUCGAGUACUGCUUCCAAUUUUCCGACAAUAAAAGAGGGGAACCGAGGUUUUGCACUUGUGAUGGCGCUUUCCCUUUCCAUCUUCCUCAUUGUAUUUAUCUCCGUUCUGGUUGGCGCUACAUUACCGUAUGUGUUACAUUACAUAGAUAUGAAUAUUGAACACGCCGCACCGAUUGUGCAGGUGUUAAUGGAUUUAGUGGGCACGUGGCUGUGCUGUGUGACGUGCAGUGCCUUUGUUUCUCAUUGA